AUGGCUUGCUAUUGUCAAGUUCGCUAUCCCUCUGGUUUUGGCACUUCCAUGCUGUUGCACUCAGCCCCAAGAAGUCUAGGGAGAAAGAAGAGAACAUGGAACUUCAAUUCCAGGCUUAUAUUCUUGUCUUCUUCUUCUGCUUUCAGUGGAAUGGAACCUGAAGACAGAAGGGAAAACCCUCCUGCAUCCCCUAGAAUGUUUGAUGUAUUCAUCAACCACAGGGGUCCUGAUGUGAAAAUUAGUUUGGCUCUUCCAAUUUACAAUUCUCUUCAAGGUAUGGGAGUUGAGGCUUUUCUUGAUUCACAAGAGAUGGAAUUGGGAGACUCGUUUCCUCCUGCCAUUCGUAACGCUAUCAGCUCUGCUUCAGUUCAAAUUGCUAUAUUCUCAAAAGGAUAUGCAACUUCUCCUUGGUGUUUAGCUGAGCUUUCCCUUAUGUCACAAACUAAUUCUGUGUUUAUACCAGUGUUUUAUGAUGUGGCGCCUUCUGAUCUCCGUCACAUCGAAAAGGGAGUUUUUGCAAAUGCAUUUGCUGAAUAUGAAAAGAAGGGCAGGCACCUUGACAAGCUUAAAGAGUGGAAGGAAGCCCUUCACUUUGUCUCAUUCAUCACUGGAUACGAAUUCAGCAAACAUGAUCAUGAUCAUGCGGAGCUGCUUAAAAAUGUAGUGUCUGCUGUCCUAAAAGAACUACAAAAGGCAAAAUUCUUAGAUGUGGCAAAACAUCCUGUGGGGUUAGAUGAAAUUGUAGAAGACUUUGAAAAGCAUUGCAGACAGGAGGAGAUAGUUAAGAUAAUUGGCAUCUUUGGAAUGGGUGGAUCUGGCAAGACAACUCUAGCCAAAGAAUUGUUCAAUCGCAAACGUUUAGAGUACCAUGGUUCAUGUUUUCUAUCUGAUGUGCGAGAAGCAUCUUCCAGAAGUGAAUUGCUUUCUUUGCAAACUAAGCUCCUAAAAGAUCUGGUACGAGAAAAUGAUCCUCCCAAAUUUCAGAGCAUAGAUGAGGGAACAAGCUGUAUUAGGAAUCGUCUUUCAAGAGGCCACCAGUUGCGCUUCCUUAUUGUUUUAGAUGACAUCAAUCACACGGACCAGCUAGAUGCUCUUUUAGUUAGAGAUUUCCUGCCUCCUCAUAGCUAUGUAAUCAUUACAACCCGUGAUGAGAGAGUGCUAAUACGUGCUGAAAUUAAUAUUCGUUACAAGAUGAAAGAAAUGAAUGCAUAUCAUAGCAGGGAGCUGUUCUGUUGGCACGCAUUCCACCAAUCUUAUCCUGCAAAUGGAUAUGAAAAUUUGGUUCAGAGCUUUGUGGAAGUCUGUCGGGGUUCGCCCCUGUCUCUCAAAGUGCUGGGUGGGCAUGUUUUUGGUAGCACUGACAAACAAUAUUGGAAGUUGGAAUUGGAUAAAGUUCGUAUAACAUUAGAUAGAGAUAUAAAACACAAACUUAAAAUCAGUUUUGAUGGAUUGGAAAGUGAACAGAAACAGAUUUUCAUGGACAUCGCAUGCUUUUUCAUCGGCAAAGAGAAGUGUAUGGCCAUGAGAAUAUGGGAGGCUUCUGGAUGGAGGGCAGAGCAUGCAAUUCAAACCCUUAAAGAUAAGUGUCUUAUUGAAAUGGUUGAGUGCCAAAUUCAUGACCAGAAGGAUGAGGAAUAUGGCGACAAGCUUCAAUUCAGAAUGCAUGAUCAUCUCCGUGAUUUGGGAAGAGAAAUGGCAGAUGAAUUGGGCACCCAUCAUCGCUUGUGGCAUCCUAAACAUCUCAAAUCUUUGGAGUCUAAGGGAUUUCAACAGACCCUCAUCGAAACCAAAGUUCAUAGUUUAAGGUGUUUACACUCAUUUUUAGACCCAUCCACCAGUUUUGUUGUGACAUACUUUGUAGGAGAUUCAAACGAUUGGGGUGAAGCAUCAACAGCUCUGUUAUGGAUUAAGCUUGAUCUGAAUUGGCGUAAAGUGACGAGCAUUCCUUCAUGUAUUCCUUUGCAAAAUCUGCAUUGUUUAACAAUUAUAAAUGGAUAUCUCGAAAAACUGUGGCUGAACGAUGCACAGGCCCCUUUUCAGUUGAAAGAGUUGGUGCUUGAUGCAGUCUCACUAAAAGAGUUUCAAAAUUCAAUAGGGAUGUUAACUCAAUUGGAAUAUCUAGUCCUAGAAGGAGGGGACGAUCCCAUGAAAAUUGAAUGGAAAUCCUUUUCUGAAUCCCUUAGAAAACUCUCAAAUCUUAGAAGACUAGUAUUGAGUGAUUUCAGAUCAAGUACUGGACAAUUUUCUUUGAGUAAUAGUGGAAUGUCAACUGUCUCUAAGCCUCAGAUGAGUAGCCUUGGGUUGAUGGUGAUUAGAGAAGGAAAACUUGUAUCCAAGGUAUCAAUUUGUGGAGAUUAUUGUCCCAACCUCAUAUCUCUUCACAUUGAGUUUAUGCCAGAUCUAAUCCAAGUGAAUAUAACACUGACAACAGCACUGAAGUGUAUUAAGUUGAAAGACUGUCCAAUAUUAAAAACAAUAUUGUGGAGCUUUGAUCUGGAAAAGAUCUCAACAUUAAAUAUAAUGGAAUGUCCCCAGCUUGAAGAGUUGCCUAGUCUUGCAAAAUUGGACUACCUAGAAAGAAUCACCAUUGAUGAAUGUGGGGAGCUGCAGAGUAUAACAGGCAUUGAAGAAUUGGGACAAUUGAAAUGCUUGCACCUUUCAAAAGUCAGUGGAGCUCUAUUGAAUUCCAUUCAAAGGCUGCAGAGACUUCCAACAGAGCUGACUAGUGUAAUCGGGAAAGCAGUCGAUGGAGUGUGCUCAACUUUAAAUGCAAAUUUCUUUUCUGACCUGAUUGGGGCAGAGGCAAUUAAUGGAAUUGAUAUAAAUGAAAAGGGAAUGCUUGAGGCAUCAUUAAAAACACCACAGUCGUUGAGUGCAAUCAUUGUAUGUGUUGUGAUUCACAGCUACGAAAAUGUGGGAGUUAUAAAUAUUCCGCAUUCUGUUAAUGAAUGGAUAGAGAGCACUAUCUCAAAAGGGCAAUGGAUAGUCACCCUUGGAGUUACUGACCCAGAAAGAGGUGUCAGUCAACUAGUUGAGAUGGAACGGGGCCAGAGCAAAGAGAUAGAAUCAAACACGGUUAGGCUGAGAGCCCCUUGA